AUGUCACUCCCGUUCCUGCACCCGUCCGAGCUUCUGCCGUCCGGCUUCACGCUGUCCCGGUGCACGCCGGCUGAUACGCCGGGGAUGACUUCGGUUUGUAAGUACCUAUAUAUAUUGUUUACUUUCAUGAAAGCCUUCCCCCAAAACUCCGCCUUCACCUACUGGUGGGCGCCCUCGCUGCCCGUCAUGCACGCGUGGCAAAGCUCGCGGAUCGCCGGCCGCUUCCAGGACCGGAGCACCCAGCAGUUCAAAGUCGUGGACGAGAAUGUUAACCCGCCUGCUGUCGUCGCGUUCGCGAAGUGGGAUCCCCCGACAGCGGGUAUGAAGGGGUUGAGGGAGGGGUUUGUGGUUUAUGAUGGGAGGGAAGAGGGAAGGGGGGGGAAGAAGCAAACGACGCAGUUGUUGGCUCCGCCGGAGGGCGCUGAUGAAGAACUGUACACGGAGUUCUUCACGGGUCUGAAGAGGAUGGGGGAGAAGUGGCGGGCGCAUGAGAAGUUGGCCCUCUCCAUCAUCUGCACAGAUCCCGCAUACCACGGUCGCGGCAUCGGCGCGGCCCUCAUCAGUUCCGUCCUCGCCCUCGCCGACGCAGAGGGCCUGACGACGUACCUCGAGGCCUUGCCCUUGGCUGUGCCGCUGUACCGCCGCCUAGGCUUCGUCCAGGUCGACACGCUCGAGUACGAUCUGGCGCGUGCGGGCAUGGAGGGGACUUCUGUGUUGACGAUUAUGCUGAGGGAGCCGAAGGGGGAAAAGGAGGAGAAGGAGGCGGCUACUGUGGUGUAG